UGCCCGGACCCCCCCCUCCCCGUCAGGACCGCCGGUCCUCCCUUCAGAGGCGAUGACAGCCCGCAUAUGAAACAGCCGGCUUCGGGGACAUUAGUAAUUCCCUCGAAAACCGACGCGCGGACGGUUGCCAAACAGAUUCUUGCAUUAUUGGAUUAAGGAGCGUCAGGGCGCGCGGCUUUAUCCCUGAGAGGCCCGGAGGAUCGUGUCCCGUCGGCAGGGAGGAGUCCCCUCGUUGUCCUCGCCGCUAACACGAAGCCAGGCCACCAUGACGGCGCUUUGACAACCACGUCUCCAACGCCAAGCUGCAAUAGGGCGACCCGAUGCGCUCUUAAAGGAUGGAGGUGGAGGUGAGUGCUGCCAGGGACGGCACCCGGAGGAGAGCACCGCCACCAGCGGCAGCAGCAGCAGCAGAUGAUGCGGGUGGAGGAAGCAUGGAGGCUCAGGUCGUACCGCUGGAGCUCUACGACUCUGCCAGAGCCAAAAUAGACGCAAAUCUCCGCUGGUUGUUCGCCAAAGCUUAUGGUAUAGAUCACAUCCCCGCGGACCUGCACAACCCCUUCUACACCGACCAGUAUGACCAGGAGCACAUCAAGCCCCCCAUCAUCCGCCUGCUGCUGUCUGGAGAGCUCUACUGCCGGGUGUGUGGGCUCAUCCUGCACGCCGAGCAGGCCGCCUCGCUCCAAAGCCACCUGUCCGUCAUCCAGGCCCUGUCCACGAAAGGGCUCUAUGUCCUGGAGACAGACGACACGCCCGUCUCCGACCUGGACCUCAGCUCGACUCCCUUCAAGAUGAGCUCCCACGUCCACCUCAUUGAUGCCCUGAUGAUGGCCUAUAUAGUGGAGAUGAUCAGCAUAGAGAAGGUGGUGUCCAGUGUCAAGCGUUUUUCCAACUUCAGUGCCUCCAAGGACUUGCCUUUCGACCUGGAAGACGCAAUGGUCUUCUGGAUCAACAAGGUGAACAUGAAGAUGAGGGAGAUCGUGGAAAAAGAGCUGAAGAUGAAGCAGCAUUUGCUGGAGUCCCCCAGCCACCAGAAGUCUCCGUCCAAAUGGUACUGGAAGCUUGUACCUGUACGUUACCGCAGAGAUCACCUGUCGGGUCGAGCACUUCAGCACUUCCCUCUGCUGGACGACCUGCUGAAGGACGUGUGUGACGGCACGGCUCUGCUGGCUGUGAUUCACUUCUAUUGCCCAGAACUCAUUCGACUGGAAGAUAUCUGUCUGAAGGACGUCCCCUCCAUAGCAGACAGUAUGUACAACAUCCAGCUACUGCAAGAGUUUUCUCAUGAAUACCUGAACAAAUGCUUCUACCUGAAGCCUGAGGACCUGCUGUACUCUCCGAGAGUACUGAAGAAUAACAUCAUGGUCUUCAUCGCUGAGCUCUUCUGGUGGUUUGAGAUCGUGAAGCCAGACUUUGUGCAGCCUAGGGACCUUCAUGAAAUCAGAGAUGUGAGAUUGCUGCUGCAGCCCAAGACUUCAAGAUCUCAUAUCCCCAUCUCCAGCAUCACCAAACGCAGUUUCCUGCCAUCAUCAAACUCUGCUGACAUCUUGACCACGGGCCCAAGCCCCGACCUCAGCAGUAAAGCAGGCUCCCAGAGCCCCUCUCACCCUUUACUGCCACUGAGACAGAGACAACAGAAAGUGACGGGGGAGAACACCUCAGUGCUGAGGAAUAGGUCCAACUCCCUCACACGCGAUGCCCAGCAUCAGGGCUCUAUACUGGCCUGGCCGGAGAGGAGGCCGAGGCCUUUGUCCCAACAGUUGCCCUACGCCUUGCAUUGUCCCCUGGAGGACGACGCAGACAGCAUCAGCCUCGCGCGCUCCAUCAGCAAAGACAGCCUGGCCUCCAACGUACUGAGCAACACCCCCAAACACAUGCCGGGUCCUCAACUGCCUCAACACAGGCUAAGUGGCCAAAGCCUGCUGAGCCACAUGCGCAUAGAGGAUGAGGAAGAGGAAAUAGAAGAGGAGGAACUCGUCGCCGUGAUCCACCCGUCUGCGUUUUCUCGAUGUCGACUCGGGAGUGACAUGGAGCAGGACGAGCUGGAGAUCCCGAGUGCGACAUCCACCUCGAGGGUUUCCGGUAGUCGCCGCUCUCCCCGCCUCGACGCCGGCCCCUUUCCCCCGGACCACCCGGCCGACAGCUACUAUCUGGAGCCCCUGAUGCCUUCCAUCCCUAAGCCCGCCAAGGAGAAGAGCAUCAGCCUGAACAAGGAGGAGGAGAGCGGGGAGAGUCGCUGUAAAGGGACAGCGGGUGCUAGGAAGGCCGCCGUCAAUGUGCCGAGCGCCUCGCAGAGGAAAGCCCAGGCCGCCGGGUCAAACAGAGGCACCUUCACGCCCAUACCUGUGGCAGGAUCAGUCACCUGCUCUAUCAGGCCACCCACAGAGGGGUCGGCAGGGAUGUGUCAGCCGGAGAAGAAGCAGCCCUCGGGCUUUUUCCUUCACUCGUCGGGGGAGGCGGACUGCCGCGCUCCGUCCUCCGCCGCGCCGGAUGCUGGACACGACUCUGACUCUGACAUCGCAGACCUCGAGGAAGACGAGGAGGAGGAGGACGACGACCUGACGGAGCUGACGAAAGACCUGGCGAGGAGAGGAAAGGGAGAAUUCUCAGAGGAGGGAGAGGUGUGUGAGUUCGGGGAGGGUGAGUCGGCCAAACUGAGGGAAGACUUGAAGGUAAGCGAGCGGGACGACAAGGAAGGCGGCAGCGGGCGCUCCAGCCCCUGCCUCAGCACCGCGUCGUGGGCCAGCAGCUGCAGCGCCACGUGCAGCACCAGCGUCAAGAUGACCAGCUUUGCAGAGAGAAAGCUCCUUAAACUUGGGCUCCGGGACGGAUUCUCCAGCACCAGCAGUUCUCAGAAGACCACGCCGGACGGCUCUGAGGUGGCCCCCGGCUCCCCCUGGCAGAUGAGGAGCGACGGCGCCUCCGGCUGGCUGGCAAAGGAGCCCCUUUCGGUUUUGGGGAAGAGCUUGGCGGCGAGUCCCCCAGUCGUGCCUUCAGAGCUGCUGCAGCUUCACAUGCGGCUCGAAGAGCAGAGGCGAGCCAUCGAGUACCAGAAGAAGAAGAUGGAGGCCCUCUCGGCGCGCCAGCGGCUGAAGCUGGGGAAAGCUGCUUUCCUGAACAUCGUGAAGAAGGGCGGAGGGAAGAGCGACACACUUCCCCUGCCUCUGAAACACUCACAGCAAUCCUCCGAGCCAACCGACAGGAGUAGAAUGAAGACCCUGUCGUGCAGGGAUGACUCCUAUCUUGAUGCUCUGAAGGUGCAAGCAAAGGCGGGUCAAACGGAGGUAGGACAGAUGAGCAGGAACAACAAGCUGUCCCAGGAUAACGUGGCGGAACCGGACUUGAAUGAGUGUUCCCACUCCAUCGAUCUUCUCAAUGAAGCUAUUAGUUCCAUCCAGCAGCAGAUGAUGCAGCUGUCCUUCCAGCAAGACCUGCUGAUGAAGCGUGCGGCGUCGUCUCCGGAUCCACCAGCGAAGAGCGCGGCGUCGCCUGCGGAACCAUCGACGAAGCGCGCGGCGGGGCCACCUCAAGAACGCGUUGAAUCCAGCUACGGCACGACCCCCAACACGACUACGGAAUCGACAUCCUCUACCUCAGACUCCAGAGCUUUUGCAGUUCACUUCGUGGAUAUUAGCGGCGGCGGCGGCGACGCCGCGCCCGCUCGACGUCCGCCCAAGCUCAGCUCCAGCCAACGCACCAAGGCCUCGGAGCUAAAACCAAGCAAACAGAACAGCAAGGUGGCUUCCAUCAAGGCGUGCACUCAAUCCCUGGAGGGCAGAGAGAAGAGUAUUGUUGAGAGCUCCAGACCGGAGAGGAACAUUCAGAGAAACAGCACCUUCCGAGUCCGCGAUGACCCCGACCAACACAGCGCCGCCGAGGGGACCGGCUGCGUCUCGGGCGGCGCUUCGAUGUCCCCCUCGCGGGAGGAGAACGCGGCCGCCGACUCGGGGAAAGACGGCGUGGCGGGAGAUGAGAAUGCAAGGGUCAAGGGUCAACUGAUUGAGGUGGACCUGUCGGAGCUCAAGGAUCCCCUGGCGGACGGCAGCGUGGAGGUCCCAGACUGCACGGCAGAGGGCGAGCAGAAGAGUGUGAUCGGUUUCUUCUUUAAGGAUGAGGAGAAGGCAGAGGAUGAAAUGGCAAAACGUCGUGCUGCCUUCCUCCUCAGGCAGCAACGCAAGGCUGAAGAGGCGAGACUCCGCAAACAGCAUCACGAGGUCGAGAGUGAGCUCAAACGUGACGAGACCAGGCGCAAGGCAGAAGAGGACCGCGUUCGCAAGGAGGAGGAGAAGGCGAGGCGAGAGAUAAUUAAGCAGGAAUACCUGCAGAGGAAGCAGGAAGCCUUGAUGGAGGAGCAAGGUCUUGUCAAGCCCCGCCCACGCACUAAAUCUCGCCGGAGCAGACCGAAAUCCCUCCACCGCGCCGAGUCCAGCAGCCUCGCCAAAGGAUCCACCACACGUGAUUCUCUGAAGAAGUCCAUGUUGAUCAAAGCCCAGGGCUCAGCAGCAGGCUGCAGGGGAGCGGAUCUGAGCUGCAGUCAUCGAGGAUCAACGCUCUCCUUGGCGACUGAGGCCGACAGCGUCAUCUCUGGAGGGGCGGAGUCUCGGAGGGCCGGAUCUGUGUGCUCCAUGGAGUCAUUCCCUGCGCUGAGCAGGGCGUCGAGCAGGAACCUGGAGAGGGACUGGGAGAACGCCUCCAUAGCCUCUUCCAUCACGUCAACAGAGUACAACGGUCCAAAACUCUUCAAGGAGCCGAGCUCCAAGUCCAACAAGCCAAUCAUCAUCAACGCCAUUGCUCACUGCUGCCUGGCUGGGAAGGUUAAUGAGACCCAGAAGAAUGUUAUUCUGGAGGAGCUGGAAAAGUGCGAGUCCAACCACCUGAUCAUCCUCUUCCGCGACGGCGGGUGCCAGUUCCGCGGCAUCUACUCGUACUCGCCGGACACGGAGGAAAUCAUCAAGUUCACGGGCACGGGGCCGCGCUCCAUCGGCCGCAAGAUGAUCGACAAGCUCUACAAGUACAGCUCGGACCGCAAGCAGUUCAACGCCAUCCCCGCCAAGUCGGUGUCGGUCAGCGUGGACGCCCUGACCAUCCACAACCAGCUGUGGCACGUCAAGAGGCCGGGCAGCGCACGCAGGAAGUGAGAAAGAGGACACAACCCGCUGUUGCCUCUGUUGGGCCGGACCCAAUAGUCUCCCGAGGCGAUGGGACGUGUGAUCAUGUGACUAAAGGGGGCAUUGGACCUGACGAGCGAAUGGUUUUCGCGGCCUGAAUGUUUAUUUUCUUUAGCUGUCUAUUUCUUGCAUGUCACACUUUAAACUUGCCGGACUGAUUCUCACGCAGCAGUGAGGAGGAGACGGACGGACCCCCCCCCCAGGCCCCCCCCCACUGAGUCCAAUGCAGCCGCAUCUACGACGCAGUAGACAGCAUACUACUGAUAAACAAGUGCAACUACACGCAGCGAUAACUGCUGGUCCAGGCUUCACACACGGAGCCCCCCCCCCCCCCCCCCACUUGCUUUUUCGAAAGAUGGAACUAACUUUUUUUUUUAUGUACGGAUGGCGUGGAUGUUAGCGAGUGGUAAUGUCCGGUCUUGUUUUUCUAUUCAGCGUGAUUGCGGGCUGCGUGAGUCUUUGUGCUGAAGGAAGCGUCUCGCUCUGAAUGUGUUGUCUCACCCUCUCGCUUUAAAAGAAGGCAACGGCACUGUCGGAGCCAAACGACCUUUGUUUUGUUCUGUUUGCGCUGCCGAUACAGAACAGAAAGAACGUUUUUUCACAAAAGGGGAGAAUUGUACUAGUGUUUCCAGACUUAGUGCAUUACGCCUUUCAGUAGUGCAUUAUUAUCGUAUUAACUUCAUACCCAAAGGUCCCCGAACCGGCCGACGUCGCUGCACCAAACAGAACUGAAGCUUUGCCACGGAAGCUGUUUGCUGCUCAUUAACUCAUCGCUGGGUUCUAGUGAGGAGUGCGAUUUUACCUUUUGCUGCUGGCGCUCAACACGCGAUAGUUAUUCCCCUGUAACGACGGACGGACAGCAGCGGCUGUGACGUGGGGCCAACCGCACAAUACUUGAUCUUUGUUUGCUGCAUUUUGUACAUUUUUUUUAGUCGUAUAUUUUUUGGUCUGUUACUGUAAGUUACGUUUACUAAAAAGCAGGCCCUAUUUUGAGGUUUAUUCUGUUACAGGCUUUUGGAGACACAAGUAUUAUUUCACAGUGUUGUAUUUUAUGUUUAUUUAUUUUGAAGAGAUAUAAUAAAAUGCAACUCGGUAUGUUUUCUGA